GAGAAUGUUCCCUGCUUUCAAAGUCAAAAUGUCCGGCCUGGACAAGAAGGCUAAGUACAUCUUGCUAAUGGACAUCGUAGCUGCAGAUGAUAGUAGAUACAAGUUCCAUAACAGUCGGUGGAUGGUUGCCGGAAAAGCUGACCCUGAGAUGCCCAAAAGGAUGUACAUCCAUCCAGAUUCUCCCAACACUGGCGAACAGUGGAUGCAUAAGGUUGUGUCUUUUCACAAAUUGAAGCUUACCAACAACAUCUGCGACAAACAUGGAUAUAUCAUUUUGAACUCUAUGCACAAAUACCAGCCCAGGUUUCACCUCGUACGGGCUAAUGACAUCCUCAAACUGCCGUACAGUACGUUCCGUACAUACGUUUUCAAGGAAACCAGUUUCUACGCUGUUACCGCUUAUCAAAAUGAAAAGAUAACACAGCUAAAAAUCGACAACAACCCCUUUGCCAAAGGAUUUCGGGAUACUGGAGGCGCAAAGAGAGAAAAAAAGCGCCAUUGCUUACUUCUGAAAUCACAGUCCUCUCACACAUCUGUUUUGGAGGCCACAUCAAAGGACUCAGAUAACCAGAACAAGGAGAGCUUAGACGUAGAUUUGGUAGACGAAUUCACCCAUGAUGAUGACAGAAUUGAUGUAGAUAGCGUUGUUGACCACAAACCAAUUUCAGAGAGCCACUCAAACGAAGAGUGCGUUGAAAAAGUGUCAACACAAGAAGAACUCGGUCCAGUAAACAAAUGUCGUAACUUAUAUCUUGCUAGUCCCGAUGCCAAAGUCACAACCGAGAAGAACCAAGUGCCGAGGAAGAAAGGUUGCCCCUGGGAGUCUGUUUCUUCAUCCGAUAUUAACACUGGAUACGUAACCUUUGAUGCUCCUCAUUCAAUUAACCAAAGCCUGCCCGUUGGUGCAGACCUUGCCUACCCUCGUAUACUACCUUACCUAUAUCCCCCAAUUGAAGCAUCUGAAGGUAAAAUUUUACUAUCUGAAGAUGUGGUUGUAGGACCUGAAGGUAAAAUUUUACUAUCUGAAGAUGUGGUUGUAGCACCUGAAGGUAAAAUUUUACUAUCUGACGAUGUGGUUGUAGCACCUGAAGGUAAAAUUUUACUAUCUGAAGAUGUGGUUGUAGCACCUGAAGGUAAAAUUUUACUAUCUGACGAUGUGGUUGUAGCACCUGAAGGUAAAAUUUUACUAUCUGAAGAUGUGGUUGUAGCACCUGAAGGUGCAGUUGCAGCAUCUGAAGGUUUCAUAUUAACACUUGAAGGUAUGGCUGUAGCAUCUGAAGUUAUAAUCGUAUCAUCUGAAUGCAUCGUUACAGCAUCUAAAGAUAUAAUUUUACCUUCUGAAGAUGUGGUUGUAGGAUCUGAAGGUAUAAUUUUACCUUCUGAAGAUGUGGUUGUAGGAUCUGAAGGUAUAAUUUUACCUUCUGAAGAUGUGGUUGUAGGAUCUGAAGAUGUGGUUGUAGGAUCUGAAGGUAUAAUUUUACUUUCUGAAGAUGUGGUUGUAGGAUCUGAAGGUAUAAUUUUACCUUCUGAAGAUGUGGUUGUAGGAUCUAAAGGUAUAAUUGUAGAACUGACUUUUAGUGACAAAAUAGGAUUCUUUUUUACCUGUGCUUGGUAG